CACCAGGUCAGUUAUGUCCUAGCCUUCUCAGCUUUAUCUGCUCAUAUGUAAAGCAGAAUUAGCACACUAUCAUUCAUGGACUGAGACCUUCUAUAGUCUGGGAGGCUCACUGCCCAUCCAUUCUCUUUUUCCCUACAUCUGUCUUCACAAGAAAGAACGUGCCUGGGGCUCUCAAAGUGAAGGGGUAAUCCACAAGGGUGAUUAUGUGAUUAACACAAAGAAACUAUUCAAUCACUGAAGAAGGGGAGACUAAUACCUCUUAAGAGAUCAUUUAGCAACAGUCAGGAAAAGUGUAAGAUGAUGAUACAGUGACAGAAUUUUUCUUGCUUUUCUGUUCCCAUCAAGUAACAUGGAGACAAUAAUACUAUGAGAAAUUCAACUUUAUGGCUAUCAUACACACACACACACACACACACACACACACUUAGACAAUAUAUAACAAUCACACUAUAUUAUGUUCAAAAUGGAGUUUAUUCAGUGACAUGAAUUUAAUAUUCACAAUAAGUCAAUGUAAUCUUUUAAAAAUUGACUAGCCGGCUCUUUGCCUUGGCUGCCAAUAUGCCACCCAGGCUCAGGAUGACCCGGAAGCUCCGGGGCCAAGUGAGCCAUGGCCACUGCAGCGUCUGUAAGCACUGCAAGAGCCUGGGAGGCUGCAGCAAUGCGGGCGACACACAUUACCACAGGAUCAACUUGGACAAAUACCACCCAGGCUACUUUGGGAAGGUCAGCAUGUGCUAUGACCACCUGAAGAGGAAUCAGAGCUUCUGCCCAACUGUCAACCUGGAUAAGCUGUGGACCCUGGUCAGCGAGCAGACGCGGCUCAAGGCCGCCAAGAACACGGCCCCUGCCGACCCCAUCAUAGACAUGGUGCUGUCGGGCUACUACAAAGUCCUGGGGAAGGGCAAGCUCCCCAAGCAGCCUGUCAUCUUGAAGGCCAAAUUCUUCAGUAGAGGAGCAGAGGAGAAGAUCAAAGGUGUUGGCGGAGCCUGUGUAUUGGUGGCUUGAAACCAUGCAGGAAGGUUCCUUAAACGCC